UUCUGAUUCGUCAAAUGUCUUCUAAGGACAGUUUUUCGGUCCAAUUGACUAACAGUUUGUGCUAUUUUUGGUACGACGCUGAUUUCUUAAACUCCAAGCAACAUGGCUGCUUUUCAGUAGGGCGCGCUUAAGCCACAUCCACAUGAUGUUAGAUCGAAUAAAAACCAGCCACUCAUCAGCAUUAUUGCGACACAAGUCAUCCUGACGGGAAAUGGGCGGUCCCAGUAGAAAAUUCCUGCCAGCGACGUAAGUCAGACGGAUUUACAACAUCUCUUUCAAACGUGGUAAGGUUUUUGCCUAAAUGAGGAUGCUUCUUGUUUAGUAUUUUAGUUCCAGGUAGUCGUCGUCACGAUGUGCGUGAGGGUCCUGCAGCUGUUUGGAUUAGCUUGCCUCGCCUCUGUGCUUCGUGCUGAAAAUAUGAACUAUUUGGUGACGGCUCCACAGAGUCCAGUGGUUGAGAUUGGAGCUAACUUCACCGCUACAUGUGUGAUCACAAACACAACUGAGGUCACUGCUGAUGAUCUUCACUGGAAUCUGUCUCGGACUACUCUACCCAGAGAACUCUAUACAAAGAUCAACACCUCAGCACUUAAUGUCACCGUGCCCAUUGUGGGUGAAAAGCCUGAGUGGUUAUUUUGUGCCAGCAAGAAGGAUUCUCUCUAUGUCACCCUGAAUAAGAGCAGAUUUAUUCAUGGGAUAUGGCUCAAGAAAGGCUAUCGUCCAGAGAAACCAGAGAAUUUGUCCUGCAUCGCUCUACAGGAGGGCGACCACAUCUCUUCAACUUUCAGCUGUAAAUGGCAAACAGCUGGACGUCAAACCCCAUACGUCCCUACGACAUACACAUUGAUGGUUAAAGUGUUGAAAGAUGAGAUGUAUAACGCAUCAACAACUAAGAACAGUGCCGACGUGUUGAUGGUCUUCCCUAGUCAUAUGUCUCUGGAGGUCUGGGUCCAGGCACACAAUCUACUGGGAACUGUUGAGUCUGAGCAUUUGAAGGUGGAUGAUGCUAAUUACUUUGUGAAAACAAACCCUCCUUUGAACGUACAACUGAUUCGAGAGGAGAUAUUUCCUACUUCCCUUCUCGUUAACUGGAGUCAUCCUAUUGCUCCUCAAUAUUUACAUCUGAAAUAUCAAAUCCGAUUCUGUCCACGUGGAUCCCACAACUGGAGCUAUGUACCUCUUUCAGACACUGACCAACACACGCGUUCCUUCAGGCUGCAGAGUCUUCAACCAUACACAGAUUACUUCAUUCAGGUGUCCUGCAAGCAUACCAAGAAGGACUACGGCUACUGGAGUGACUGGAGCGCGAAUGCAACCAUGAGAACUCCUGAGGAUUUACCAGAAAGACCCAGUUUAUGGAAAACAACAGCUGAUGGUGUAAAUGGACAAGAAGUGCUGAUAAUUUGCAAGGAUCCCAUAUUAGCCAAUGGAAGAAUUACUAGCUUUGAAAUGAGAAUUCAACACUCUCACAAUGGGAGCUGGGAGAAUGAGAGAAUCCCAGUCAACAGAUCCAUCUCAGCCCCCAGACCGGAGGUCACUUUGCUCAAAAGGAUUUCUCUGGCUGACAAGCAGCUUGUAAAAGUGUGCCUCGCUGCCAGCAAUUCUGUGGGAAUGUCGCCUGAGAGGUGCUUAUUCAUUUCUGCUAAACCACUGGGUAAUGGACCCGUGGAAGACUUAAGUGUUUCGCCCCACCAGGGUCAGCUGUUUGUGAAGUGGAAACCCAUCUCGGACAGAUCCUUGACGGAGUAUGUGAUUGAGUGGGUCAGUGGGGAACAAAUAAACUGGCAGAUGGUAAAGAAAUCCACCAACCUCACUGCAAUCAAAGGACCCCUUGAGCCAUUUGUUUGCUACAGAGUUUCUGUGUAUCCCAUAUAUGCUACAAGGAUUGGAAAACCGGCGAGUACAGAAGCUUUUCUGGAGCAGGGAGCUCCGUUAGAAGGACCUUCUAUUAACAAGAGCUACACGGGAUAUGAUCACGCUGAGCUGGUGUGGGAUGCCAUCCCGCUGCACCAGAGACGUGGCUUCAUCACAAACUACACAAUAUUUUAUAAAAGUGGGAAGAACACGCACGCGAUAACUUUGCCACCUAACAGCACCUCGUACACCCUGAAGCCGCUGCUGGGAGACACCAAGUAUGAUGUGUGGAUCAAAGCUUCAACCAUCCGAGGCUCCAAGAACAGCUCCAGUCACUCAUUCACCACUCUGAAAUACGCACCAGGAAGGGUGGAAGGCAUUGUGGUGGGAGUGAGCCUCGGCUUCCUGUUUCUGGUCCUCAUGGCUAUCCUGCUCUGCAUCUACAAAAAGGAUGUCAUCGAGCAGAACCUCUGGCCUCAGGUCCCAAACCCUGGGAAGAGCACCAUUGGAAACUGGUCUCCUGACAAUCCUUUGAGGGCCGAGACACCAAGUGAAGACUGUUUGUCUGGCAUGACUGUCCAUGUUGAGGGUGUGCGUGAUAUAAAGCAAGGCCUUGAAGAGGACAAGACCAGUCUUUCUCUGAAGAAGGACAAGUAUCUGUCUGAGGAGCACAGCAGUGGCAUCGGUGGCUCUUCCUGCAUGUCCUCACCUCGUCAGAGUGUGUCCAGCAGCGACGAGGACCCCGAAAUGCCCGACAACACGGCCAACACUGUUCAAUACUCCGUCGUUGUGGGUCCCAGUGAUUACAAGGGUCAGACCCCCGUUUUCUCUCGGUCCGAGUCCACGCAGCCACUUCUGGACUCGGAGGAGAACCCGGACAUGUUGGGGUCAGGGGGCAGCAGGCACUUCCAGCGGUUCCCCAGACAGUCGAGCCUCAGUGAAACCAACCAGGAGACCCACUUCAAGCAACUUGAAUUGGAGCAACAGGACUUUUGUUCCAUCAAGGAGGACACUGAGUGGACACUAGCGUCAGAAACCCAGCUGGCUGAUGCAGAACCAGGCUCGGCGUCCAGCUACAUGCCUCAGGGAGGCGGUUAUAGACCUCAGUAAGAACCCCUCAGACUUUUUCUAUCGUCGCUUCUUUGUUUUCAAGCCUUUGACAAUGGCUCAACUGACAUAUUUUGCACUUAAAUGGGUAUAUUUAGCCUAGCGCUCUUUAACACUUUGCAAAGUCAAUUAGAGCGUUUUGUUGAAUUUCACCUUGUAAAACCACACUGUCAGACACAAUGUGAUAAAACUCUGGUAGGGUUGUCCAGAGUCCCUGUCCUGUCAAAGGUUUUUUAGAAGGAAACCAGACACGCUGUAAUCAGCUGCAGGUGGGAUCUGAGACUCCUCCAUGUGGAGGAGGAAAUAUUUCUUUUAUUGAAGUGGCUCUGCAGCAUCAGCUCUGCAGCAUCACUGGCAGUUGGGUUCGUCCUGUGAAAAAUUUCAGGAUGUAAAAAAAAAAAAGCAGCACCAGGGCCUGUGUCCAUAUAGCGUUUUUCUUUUCUAGAUGUCAGGCUGGUUCUUAGAGCAGCUUCCCAUCGGAAACCAGCGUUAUUUUUUUGUGCAGCAGUUUUCUGCACAUUAUAUAUAAGAAUAUAGUGAAAAUUUUACAGUGAGGAAAUCCCAGCAGUCUAAUGUUUCGGUCAUUUUGGAAGGAAGGUUACACUGAAACAUAUUUCAUAUUCAGCUGGCUGUGGGGAUUGUCAGUUUCUCACUUUUCAAAACUAAGGAGGGAGGGACUGGUUUACCGUCCGUGAGUGUGGGGGUGUUGUGUGUCCUGUGAGCUAACACUGCAGCGCUGACUAUUGUAAUUUGACAGCGGCUGGCAAAAAGCUCUAGAGUUGUUUAAAGUGGUUGCUGGAACCAGAUUUUACCACAGGAUGACAUUUUUACUUUACUAAUGCACCUUUCAAUUCUGCCUUUCUGGGACUUUUUUUUUCUCAUGUUACCGCUUGUGUAUAGAAGCAUCAUCAUCAUCAUGUCUGUGGUUGACAUGUAGGAAGUGAUGACAUUUGAAGGAGAAAUGUGAUGUGGACAGCAGGGUGUGUCCCUCAGACGCUGCAGGCCUUGACCUGGGCGUUGGUACAAGAUGAAUGAUGACGGCGUUUAACCUUUCACUGACGGCCUCUGGCCUUGUUCCAUGAACUUAUAUGCUGACAAUAUCAGUGUUUGCUGCUUGUUGCAGAAAAACAAAGAAAACUGACAAAAAGAUGAUAAAAGAAGGCGAGUUCAAAGGUAGAGGGAAAUCUAUGUGGACCCAUGUUCUGGUUCUGGUGGUGCGUUACUAAUAAUCCUACUCUGUGCUUUUGUGUUUUCCUCAUUGUUUUAUUUUCUUUGCUCGCUUACAGCAUCAAAGUCAAAGAUGUUUUCAUUUCCUUUUGAUGAAAGUUACUUCUGCAGCAGCAAAUGAGGGUUUAAAAACAAACUUAUUCCACAGUAUUAGGGUUUGGUUAUUCAUUUCCUGCUUAGAAUUUCAGUUGUGUUUAUUUAGGGAACAAAUUAAUGUGAGUAAAACAAAAUCUGCUUGUGUUAAUCUGCAUUUCACAUCAAGUGACCAUAACGUUUUUAUUUUUUGAUACUAUCGUCAAGUGUGACUGGACCUUGCAGCACCUGAUGUCCGGGGCAUAUUUCAUACACAGCAGAGUUUGUGUAAAGCUGCAUGAAACCCGGCUUCGUGGCCAUCCAGACCGCAGCAGGAAGCAUCGGUUUCUGCUCUCCGCUGUUUUAGCAUCAUCAUCUUUUCGACUUCAAUAUUUACUCUACACAUGAAUGUAAUCCCUAAUGGAAGCUGACAUGUGCUGUGUUUAUUCAAUAAACCUGUAUAGCUGCA